CUUUUUUAAUUUUUUUAGUGAAUUAAUCAUUCCUUAAACUACGAAACAAGAAAUAGUUAGACAUCAUUAUUAAAUUGACAUUAAAAAUAAAAACUGUGCCAAACCACAAGAAUUUUGAAAUGGAAAUUAAAAGAAUAGGAUCACUUUCGUAUAAUUACUUUUGUGUUUUCAUUUCCAGAAUGGCAUGUGGCAAUUAGUGUAUUAGGCGCUCCAUUUGUGAUUGCAUUUUUGAUAUAUAAAUGGCGAAGAAGGCACUUAUCCAUGUACGACAAUGUUGAGGAAUUUCUGCAAACCCAAAAAAACCUCAUGCCAAUAAGGUACUCUUUCUCAGAAAUUAAGAAAAUGACCAAAGGUUUUAAGAAAAAUUUGGGUGAAGGAGGAUUUGGCACAGUUUUUAAAGGAACACUUCGAAGUGGACGUCUUGUAGCAGUAAAGAUGUUAAGCCAAUCCAAAGCAAAUGGGCAAGAUUUUAUCAAUGAAGUAACGACCAUUGGAAGGAUCCAUCAUGUGAAUAUAGUGCAACUCAUUGGUUUUUGUGUUCAUGGUUCAAAGCGUGCCCUCAUAUAUGAGUUCAUGCCCAACGGAUCUCUAAACAAACACAUUUUUUCAUCAGAGACAAAUAUCCUCAACUACGAUAAAACAUAUGAUAUUGCUUUAGGAGUGGCUCGUGGAAUUGAUUAUUUACAUCAAGGAUGUGACAUGCAAAUCUUACAUUUCGACAUUAAGCCCCACAACAUUCUCCUCGAUGAGAAUUGGAACCCCAAGGUUUCGGAUUUUGGCUUAGCAAAAUUGUACCCUGUGGAAGAUAGUAUUGUUCCUUUGACUCAUGCAAGAGGAACAUUUGGAUACAUGGCUCCUGAAAUAGUUUACCAAAACAUUGGAGGCGUUUCAUAUAAAGCUGAUGUCUAUAGCUUUGGAAUGUUGUUGAUGGAAAUGGCGAGUAGAAGAAAGAACUUGAAUGCAUUUACUGAACAUUUAAGCCAAAUUUACUUCCCCACUUGGAUAUAUGAUCAAUUGCAUGAUGGAAAGAAUAUAGAAAUACAAGAUGCUACAGAAGAUGACAGGAAAAUAUGUAAGAAGAUGAUGAUAGUCGCAUUAUGGUGCAUACAAUUGAAGCCUACCGAUCGUCCAUCAAUGAACAAAGUCGUCAAAAUGAUUGAAGGAGAUGUUGAAUGCUUACAAGUUCCUCUCAAGCCUCUCCAACCAUCACCAAAUAGAGAGAUAAAGGGUGCUAGAGAUAAUUCAAAUCAAGCUUCAUCGUCAAUUCAGUCACACCACCCUUAGUACUUGGAAAGUUUAAGUUGUGACAGGUCCAGAAGAUGGUGAUGAAUUCCAACCCCUAGCUAAGGAUGAUUAAGGACAAGCCAGACCCUGACCGUCAACUAGAGUUAAUUGUGAUGUUCCUAGAAAUGGUCAUGUUCACCAUUCAGCGCAUCUAAGAGAUGCUUUGAAAUUGUUUUGUUUUGAAAGCUCCUGAUGAACCCAAUAUGUAAUAAGUAGAUAUAAUAUCCAUAAAAAUGUUUGAACUAUUGCGUUGCACUUGGACAUCUACUAAGUAAGGCAUUAAUUAUGUUUUAAUUAAGCGUUGGGAUGUUUAGUUAA